AUAAUACGAUUACAAUAACAUAAAGACUCAAAGGAUAAAAUACCGGUUGCUUUUGACAGACAAUGAAAGUCGCCUAUAUGGAAGCAUUCGACUGACGACACGAGUACUUCGUACCACUCUCGAACGUCAUUACAUACAAAUACACGAAAUACCACCUCAAUGGAUCUGCCGACUGAUCCCCGCCCCCGCCGAGAUUCCGCUUCAGCCCUGCAACGAAGCACAUGCUAACAGCCAACUGCUGCUUGGUUCCGCAGACGGGGAGCGGCACAGAAGCUCAGCCUUUUUUGAGCUGAACACUUCGCCCCUCCUGCUCGAAAGACUCAAUGGGGACAAACAAUGAAGAAGACACUGCUGCUCUGUUUUAUCCAUGGCUUCAAGGGUGAUGACACCACCUUUGGCCGGAACUAUGCCUUCGUCGAGCACUUCCGGAAGCUUCUCACCGUUGCCCUGCCCAAGAUAAACGUCAAAGCUGUCGUCUACCCAACGUUUGAGACCCGCGGUGACCUCGGCGAAUGCGUCACGCGGUUCAGCGACUGGCUUCUCAACAAGGUAAUCGACCUCGAAGUAGCGGCCGGCACGCCCUCCCCGACCAUCGACCCAUCGGUGCGGGUCGUGCUAGUGGGGCACUCGAUGGGCGGCAUCGUAGCCGCGGAGACAGCCAUCAAGAUCGCAUCGGAGAAGCCAAUCCACAACUCGGUCGACGAGAACAGCCCAGCCAAAGCAUCAACGGCGAUGCCACCGGCACCAAACGCGCUCAUGUUCCCCUACAUCCAGGGCGUGCUCGCCUUCGACACGCCCUUCCUCGGCAUCUCGCCCGGCGUGGUCGCCCACGGCGCCGAAACCCACUACGCCACCGCGUCCGCGGCCGUCGCCCAGCUCAGCGGCCUGACAAGCUUCUGGGGCGGCGCCAAAGCCGCCCAGCAGAAGGCAGCAGACCCGCCACCACCCACGCGCGGUGCGCUGCCGGCCGCGGGCCAGGGGAGCAGGGACGCCAACAACAAGAACAAAGAAAACCAAAACAGCGGCAACACCGGCGGCUGGGGCUGGGGCACGAUCGCGAUAGCCGCCGGCGCCGUAGGCGCUGUCGCGGCGGGCGGGGCGGCGGCGUACCUGCACCGGGAGCAGAUCACGCAGGGGCUGGGGUGGGCGACGUCGCACCUCGAGUUCGUCGGGUGCCUGGCGCGCAAGGAGGAGCUGCGGCGGCGCGUCGCCUACAUGGCGCGCCUGCGCAAAGAGCUCGGCGUCGGCUUCGGCAACUUCUACACCCGCCUCGGCCAGGCCGCGGGAACCAAGCCCGCCGCCGGGGGUGGUGUGGCGGGCUCGGUGCUGGGGAGCAGUGAGAGGACGUUUUGCGUCGUGGCGCAGCGGGAUGAGGCUGGGGAUUGGCGGCAGGCGGUCAAUGAUAAGGCGACGGAUGAGAUUGGGGCCCAUGUUUCUAUGUUUGACCCCAAGGAGAACCCGGGUAUCGACAGGCUGUCCAAGGAGUCGAGGGACAUGGUCGCGGGCUGGUUUCGGAAUGACUGGUACGAGAGCAGCUCGGCAAAUCCGGUAGUACGCGCUUGAGGCGCCGUGCAAUCCGUUGAAGCGGCGGCUGUGUUCAUGUCGUAGAUAUUAUGUACUAAUAACCCGCUUCCGGGGCU